AUGGAGGAUUGGUUAUCUUCUCCGGAGAGGUGGGGAGAGACGAUUUCGGAGAAAGUAUUAUCAGUUUACAAUACUCUUCCAAAGAAAGGCAAACCUCAAGGUCGUGAAGUCACUGUCUUGGCUGCAUUUCUCCUUUCUUCUCCUUCACCACAAGAUUUGGAAGUUGUGGCGUUAGGGACGGGGACGAAGUGUCUUGGUCGCUCGCAGUUAAGCUCAAAUGGUGAUGUUGUGAAUGAUUCACACGCUGAAGCAAUUGCUCGUAGAGCCUUGAUGAGGUUCUUCUACACACAGAUUCACCAUCAGUCCCAGAGCAACUGUGAGAGUGAACAUCACAAAACGAAAAAGAUGCGGUGCGACAAUGUAAACAACUUUUUGCUUCAAUUAGAUGAGGAGGCUGGAGCUGAAAGAAAAUAUGUCAUGAGAAAGGGCUGGAAAUUGCACUUAUACAUAUCUCAGUUACCAUGUGGCGAUGCUUCAUCACCACCUACUAGAGAUGUCCAACCUAGGUCAGAUAAUGUGGCACCAUGUUUGUUCGAUAAAGGGGAUGAUUCACAAUGCAAAGGCUCGGUUCAGAGAAAGCCUGGUCGUGGUGAUACAACAUUGUCAGUCAGCUGUUCUGACAAGAUAGCUCGAUGGAAUGUAGCUGGACUUCAAGGAGCUCUUCUCUCGUACUUUCUUCAGCCCGUUUUUCUUUCCUCUAUAACAGUUGGAUUAUCCCCUCAUAGUGCCAAAAAUUGUAUAGUAGAGGGACAGUUGAAAAGUGCAGUAUGUGACAGAGUACAAUCGUUUUCAAAUGAGCUAAUGACUUCCUUAAAGGUGAAUCAGCCACUAUUUUGUACAGCUCCAAUACCACCGAAGGAGUUUCAACACUCAGAGUCUGCUUUAAACACUAUUACUUGCGGGUACUCUAUCUGCUGGAAUAAGUCUGGCUUGCAUGAGGUCGUUCUUGGAACUACUGGAAGAAAGCAAGGAGCCUCUGCUAAAGGGGCACAGUAUCCAUCUACAGAGUCAUCUUUAUGCAAGAAGCGCUUACUGGAAAUGUUCUGGUCACUUAAAAGUGAAUGCACUAGUAAAUUUCCUUCCACCGACAUUCCUUAUAGAACACUGAAGAAACAUGGAGGAAUGAUGUGCAAGCCAUUGCUCGUAGAACUAGGAUGGAUCUCAAGAUUAUUAUUUAACAUCUAAAAUUUUCAAGGAACAACCAGCUUUUAGGAACUGGAUAUCAAAACCGAUAAACUACGAGGCUUUCUCCUUUGGAUGUCCGUGAGGUACGUGUUUUGUUUGCCUUCUAUUUUUAUGGCAAACCCAAAGACAAAGAUAAAGGGGUGAAUAUAAAUGUUUCUCAAUGGCCUGCCCCCAUGUUUGAAGACAAUCUUGUAUUGUGCCAGUGAAUUAGUUUAUGGCUCUUUCAUUAUCAUUAUCUUUUAUUUUCAACCUCUCGAGGUGCCAUAGGAUGUUAUAACAACAAAUCACACGCUACAAACAUAUGAAUUUCAACUAGUAUAGAUCAUAAUAGCAAUUUUGUUCUCUUGUUUCAUCAAAA